GGCGGUAUGAUAUUUGGGACACAGCCGUGGAGAAUUUGGGGGGGAAGACUAGUGGGAACAAGAUGGCUGAUACAGGACAAGAAGAAUGUUUCGCCUCUUUUUGACAAAAUAACCGAGGACUUGGGCAUCUGAAAAUACUGUGGAAUUUAUCAUUUAAGCAGUAGGCGUGUAGUUAAGUGUUUUUUUGUUUGUUUGUUUGUAACUUUGGUAUUUUUUCCUCACUAAACCGUUAACUUCAUACCAGGGUGAAGUUUGUUGUUUUUUUUUUUUGGACGAAGUGUUCCCUUUACGUAUUUCUGUUUAGUCAGUAAAUAAUGCUAUUUUGUAAUAUUUUAUAAUAUUGUUAAGUAUUUUAACAGUUUACAAACCAGUUUAAAACAAUAUAUAUAUAUAUAUAUAUAAAGUUAGCAUAGCAUACUUUGUUAACUUUGCGGACGCUGAAAAUUGUUUUGCUUGAGAUGUAGGGUUACUUUUGUUUUUCUCCACUUAGCGUUUUUGAAACUGUUCAUACUGUUAAUACCUGGCUUUAUAUCACAAACUAUGUUUUUCUGAAGCUCCCACUUAUAUUAAAAAAAGCAAUAUAAAUUAAACGAGAGAGAGAGAAGAAAAACCAAACAAAAAAUGAGCUCUAGUCGAGCCCGUUGUCAAACAGCCAGAGCUCCGAGCUCUGCGCAUGCGCACAAGCCGCCGCCGGCUGAAGGACUGGAGAUGGAGAGGAUGGAGCCGCAGGGAGAAGUGGGGCUCGGGGUCCCCGAGGAUCAGUCCUCUCCGUCUUCUAACUCCAGCUCCAGACAGGCGUGGAGCCGGGACAACCCGGGAUUCGAGCCUGAAGACGGCAUGGAGGCGAACUGGAGCCCCGGGCGGAGGUCCUUAUCCGACACUUCGAGCAGCGGCAGCAGCGGACUCGGGAGUUUCACCGGCGGGAGCAACGCGCGCAUCCACCGUGGACUUUACCCGACUCCUCCCGCUGAUGGACUUCAACAUAAGCCGCCAAGCUUGGGAGCGAGGAUUCUGGAGAAAAUCAGACUUCUGUGGGGUACACGUCUCCUGGAGGAGAGGGACAGCAGCAGAGAGAUGUACCUGAAGAACGUACUCCGAGAGAUGAUCACCUAUGUCCUUUUCCUCGUCACCUUAUGCAUCUUAACAUACGGGAUGGUGAGCACUAACAUGUACUACUACACCAAAGUCAUGUCUCAGCUCUUCCUGGACACGCCGCUGUCGAGUAGAGAUGCCACCACCUUCAGGAGUCUGUCCACCAUGGAGGACUUCUGGAAAUACACAGAGGGGCCUUUCCUAAAUGGGAUGUACUGGGAAGUGUGGUACAACAACAAGAGCCUGCCGGAGAACCAGAGCCUCAUCUAUUAUGAGAACUUGCUGUUGGGAGUCCCACGUCUGCGUCAGGUCAAAGUUCUCAACGAGUCCUGUCCUGUUCACGAGGAGUUGAAGGACGAAGUGUACGACUGCUACGGAGUCUAUGCAGCUGCCUACGAGGACAAGAAAUCAUUUGGACUGAAAAACGGCACUGCGUGGGUGUACUCGGAGGAGAGCAGCCUCGGGGAAAGCAGCUACUCCGGUGAAGUGGCCACAUAUAGAGGAGGAGGUUUCUAUCAGGAUCUGUCCCGCACCAGAGACGAGUCCGGCAGGCAGCUGCAGGAGCUGAAGGCCAACCUGUGGCUGGAUCGAGGCACCAGAGCCGUGUUCCUCGACUUCUCGGUCUACAAUGGCAACAUCAACCUCUUCUGCAUCAUCAGAUUGCUGGUGGAGUUUCCAGCCACAGGGGGCGCUGUGACUUCAUGGCAGUUCCAGACUGUGCGCUUGGUGCGCUACGUGUCCAGCUGGGACCACUUUGUGGGGAUGUGUGAGGUCAUCUUCUGCUUCUUCGUGCUGUACUACAUGGUGGAGGAGGUGCUGGAGAUCCGGCUGCACCGCCUGCGCUACUUCAAAAGCUUGUGGAACUGCCUGGAUGUGCUCAUAGUAAUGCUCAGCGUGCCAGCCAUCAUUAUGAACAUCUACAGGACAUCAGCAGUCAGCAACGGGCUGAAGUUUCUGCUGGAGAACCACAGCACCUACCCGAACUUCAGUCCGCUCGCUCGUCUGCAGGUUCAGUUCAACAAUCUGGCCGCCGUCAUCGUCUUUCUCGCCUGGGUCAAACUAUUCAAGUUCAUCAAUUUUAAUAAGACCAUGAGCCAGCUGUCCAGCACCGUGUCCCGGUGCGCUAAAGACCUGCUGGGAUUCGCCAUCAUGUUCUUCAUCGUGUUCCUGGCCUACGCGCAGCUGGCGUACCUGGUGUUCGGGACACAACUCAACGACUUCAGUACCUUCCAAGCCUGCAUUUUCACACAGUUCCGGAUCAUUCUAGGAGACUUCGACUUCUCGGAGAUCGAAGAGUCCGACAGAGUCCUGGGGCCGAUUUACUUUACCACCUUUGUUUUCUUCAUGUUCAUGAUUCUGUUGAACAUGUUCUUAGCCAUCAUCAAUGACACGUACGCAGAGGUGAAGGCUGAUAUGGCACAGCAGAGAUCCGAAAUGGAGAUUACUGACCUCAUUAAAAAGGGCUACCACAAGGCCAUGGUGAAACUCAGGCUGAGGAAGACGGCGGUGGAUGAUAUCUCUGAUAGCCUUCGUCAGGCAGGAGGGAAACUCAACUUCGACGAGCUCCGGCAGGACCUGCGAGGAAAGGGACACUCGGACGCUGAGAUUGAAGCCAUUUUUGCCAAGUACGAUCUGGACGGAGACCAGGAGCUCACUGAGCACGAGCACCAGCAGAUGAGGGACGACCUGGAGAAAGAGAGAAUGAACACACACAUACAAACACACACUUGUACAGAUGCUCAGUGUCUCUCACACACACGCCAGGAGGACUUGGAUUUGGAACGCAGUUCGCUGCCCAGGCCUCUGAGUGGGCGGAGCUUCUCCCGUAGCCAGGACGACUCGGAGGAGGACGACGACGAGGACAGUGGACACAGUUCCCGUCGCCGUGGCAGCAGCUCCGGGGGUGUGUCCUACGAGGAGUUCCAAGUCCUGGUGCGGAGGGUAGACCGUAUGGAGCACUCCAUUGGCAGUAUCGUGUCCAAGAUCGAUGCUGUCAUUGUGAAGCUGGAGGCCAUGGAACGGGCCAAGCUGAAGAGGAGAGAGGUCCUUAGCCGACUGCUGGAUGGUGUAAUGGAGGAUGAAAGGAUGGGAAGAGAUACGGAGGCUCACAGGGAGCAGAUGGAGCGGCUGGUGCGAGAGGAGCUUGAACGUUGGGAGUCGGACGACGCCAUCUCUCAGGUCAGCCAUCAGCAGGCUACUCCUGUUGGUCCAGGAGCUCAGCCCCGCCCACGCAGCACCCGCCCCUCCUCCUCACUGUCCACUGAGGGCCCAGACAUCGGAGGCAAUGGAGGUGGACACGUGUAAGACCUCUUCUACUACCCCCAUGGCCUUAUUAAGUAUUCCAACACUAAAUGAUCACCUUAUGUCAGCAUUUUCCUUUGUUUUAUGCACUCUGUAUGUAAAUAUAUAUAUAUAAAAUGGUACAUUAAUUAUUAAGCAGGAGUGUAUUCUGAACAUUAACUAAGGUACAGUGGCACAAACUUUAAUCAGCUUUAGACCAGGCACUAAGCAAAAUAGGUCUAAGUUUAUGCAUAAAGGUCAUUUUUGACAAAAUGAUGCAAGGUAUUGGAUUUUUUUUUUCUUUUCACACACACACACACGUGUGUGUGUGUAUAUAUAUUUAAAUAAGUAAUUUACUUAUUAUUUUCAUGAGGUCCAUUUUAGCAUGAAAUUAUUUAAUCACACUCUUAGUUUUCUAUACCAAUUAAAUUGGAAUGAGAUUGUUUUAAUAACCUAAAAUAUUUCAUAUUCAAAUGCAUUUGAAUAUUUAUGAGACUAUAUGUCUAUACUGCCACAAACAGAGUGAAAAUUAGCAUCAGAAAUACACUGUAUAUUGAAAUCACAUUGUUGCUUUCUUAAACAUAGAAAAUCACGAGCACACUAUCAUCAAUCAUAAACUUUAAUGUUUGGGAUUUCUUUACCUACAGUAAUGCUUGCUAUGUUUGUAAAAUGUUGCUAGUGUUACAUCUCCAUUACCACCAAGAAUACGGGUGAAAAUGUGCCAUCCUAACUCAUCUUCAGAAUUUUUUUAUGUAAUUCUUUCAUACAUAGUGUCCUUAUACAUGGACAGUUCACUAGCCACAAACUGCAUUCAAACAGUCUGAGAAAAAGAUGAAGGAUUUUAUACACACACACACACUUGUUAUUUCUGCAUUUAGUUACUAAUUUAAAUGAACGCAUCAUACAAUGAAUGUCCCUCAUUUUCAAUACCAGUAAUCUGAAUUCAUUUAUAUAGGGACUCAUAAAGGUCACAAAGUACUUUUGUAUUUGUAUUUAAAGCACAAGCAUUCGACCAUGCCAGUUGGAUAGAUUUUUGUCACACAUUUGUAGCUGCUUUCAGUUAAUAUAGUUGCACGAGCAGCAUGCUUUGUCAUGUAAACCUAUACCAGGUGAUGUAUUCCUUAUUAAUGUUUUUUUUUUUUCUUCAAUUUUAUGCCUAAUGUAACUUGAAACAAACUUCGAUUCGGAGUGCAUCUGCUUUCAUAGGAAGCUUAUCGUGUGUUAUUUGACUCGUAUAGCUGAAGUUGCAAAGUUUUUCACUGAUAUUAGUUUUGCCUCACCAGAAAUUCAGAAAUUCAUUGUCAGUACUUUUAUAAUACUGAACUCCUAUGUUACAAUUUCUGUACCAAUUUCAUUAUCUUUACCAAGAUUUUAAAAUAUUUUUUUUGUGUGUGUGUCGGUAAUUUUGUUCAAACUGUAAUCUCAAGAUGCAUAUUUUUUGACACACCUCUUCUCCACACUGCUUUUGGAUACUGCAUUUGUUUUGUUUUUUGUAUUUUAUAUUCCUUUAUUAAGGCUGAUAUUCAGUAUGGCGCUAUAUUUUUCUAUUUGCCAACGUAUAUGUAUAAUGUGUGCUCAUAUUCCAGUGAGAGCAGAACUUCUAUCAGCAAACAGCUCUGGAGAUUUGGCUCUGUAUUUCUGAAUGUUUUUAAUCAGUAUUACUGUUUUAAUAUCUGCAUUGUUUUGAGAAUAAAAUAUUUGCACAUA